AUGUUUAUUGAAUAAAUAAAGCGUUUGAGAAAUAAUUAAAGAAUUUAAUAAAAUUAUUUCGUAUUUAUGGAUUUCAUAAAAGAACUCUGUGAAAUAUGUUUCAAUGAUGAAAGUAGGACAGUAGAAAUGAAUUGCAAACAUAAAAUAUGUUUAGAAUGUUUUAAAAUUGCAGUUUUACCAAAAGAAAUAUGUCCAUUUUGUAAAUAGAUUGUGAAUAAAGUUUUGAUUGAAAAUAAGAUAUAGGAUAUAUCAGAAUUUGAAAAGCCAAUAGAAAAGGAGCAAGAUUUUGUAUAUAAUUAAAUUGAUAUUUUAUUUAGUUUGAGGAAUCUCAUUUUGAAUUAGUGAAUGAAUAAUUUUUUGAUGAAGAUAUAAGAAUCUUAAUGAAUAAUUAAAAUAGAGCCAAUUAAUAUAUGAUGCGUACAAUUCGUUAGACAGAUUAGUAGUUUAACCUAAAAUGGUUUAUUUAUGAUUAAAUAUCAGAAUAGAUAAGCAAUUUGAAAUUUAGAAAUAGUUUAGAAAUGUUUCAAGAAGUAUAUAAAUAAAAUGAUGAUUAGAUUAAUAAUUUGAACAUUUGUUUGAAUUUAAUAUUAUCAAAUAAUUGGGAUCAAAUAUAGUUUAAGGAUUAUAAGGAAGCUUAUAAUUUAUAGAAUCUGGAGGAAAAUUAUUAAUUUAUAAUUUAGAAUAAAGUAAAGAAGAAUAAGAAAAGAAAAUAAAAACAAUGA